UUACGAUUGUUUAUGCUCAUGACUUUAGCAUGACUAGACUGUAAUUUAAAAGCUAAAACAAGAAACGAUACUAUGAGAUUUUACGCCGUGUUGUGAUUUUUAUUCAAAAUCCUGGAAUACACCUUACGUCGAAAAAGAUUGUGAUAUUUGGGUGAAUGGUGAAAGUUGAUCUACCAGGAAAAUGUCUAUUGGCUCUGUUUUUGAGACUGCUUAUAAAGGAGACUUCAACCAAGUGAAGGUCAAAGUAGAUGAAGAUUUAGUUCUCAUUAGAACACCUGAUACAAAUGGGCGACUUCUUAUUCAUUGGGCAGCACUUGGGGGAAAUGAAAGCCUUGUUGAGUUUUUGGUAGAUAAUGGUUCACCUGUUGAUCCUCAAGAUGACACAUAUUCAACACCCCUUGUCUUAGCUGCAUCAGCUGGUAGAUAUGAAGUUGUUAGAUAUUUGCUUAGCAAAAAUGCUGAUGUAAAUCAUAAAACUACUCGUCGGCAGACAGCUUUACACUAUGCAUGUUCAAAGGGACAUAAAGAUGUGGUCAAGUUGCUGAUAAAUUGUGAUGCACUUGUUAAUGAAAUUGAUAUAUUGGGUGCGACUCCACUGCAUAGAGCUGCAGCACAAGGAAGGACUGAGAUUGUCGAAAUUUUACUAAAAACACCACAGAUCAAACUUAAUCUCUGUGAUUCCACUGGAUCAACUCCAUUGCACCUAGCAUGUGAAGAGGAUAGAAAAACAGUUAUAACUAUGUUGGUCGAAGCUGGAGCCGAUAUGGAUAUUAAGAACAAGGAAAAUAAGACACCAUUGGAUCUUUGCUCUACUAGUCUAAGGACAUUAAUUUUAAAAUUGAAAGAAUGAAAAUAAAAAUGUACAAUUUUUUUCUACUCUUACUCUUCUAUUCUGGCCAUGUAAUGGUGGUGUAUCUCAGUUUUGACGUAAUAUAUAAUAAUAAUAAAGCAUUUAUUCCAUUU